GGAGCAGGAGGUCAGUCAGUUCUUACCGGUUCCAUGGGGUAUAAAGUCCCCGUGCCUCCUGCAUGUUGCACUGUCGGUCCAAAUCUAUGCUGUCUCUUCCCUGGGAUUCCAGAGCCGGCUGAGGACGGCAGCUGGGGAAAUGAGAUGGCUGAACUGCAGGUGACGGAGCGGACCACCGACCCGGCCCACUCCAAUGGCCGGUUCACCAUCAGCACCCUGAUCAGCACCGAGGACAGCGGCAGGCCUCACUAUGGCCAAGCCGAUAUGGCCGCAUACGACACGGCUCAAGCCAGCCACCUCACCCACAACAGCACUUUCUAUAUGCGGACGUUUGGCUACAAUACCAUUGAUGUGGUGCCUGCUUACGAACACUACGCCAACACGAAGUGCUCCAGCGAAAGCAAGAAAGGCAGGCCCACGCUUGCAGAUCUGCACUCAUUCCUCAAGCAAGAGAGCAGCCACCUCCAUCCGCCGCCAUAUGAAGCCCACAGGAACAGUGGCCUUUCGGGAGGGGAGGCUGAAGAAGAGGCGGAGGAGGCAGGCGAGAAGUCCCAAGGCGAGCCUGUCCGCUUUGGAUGGGUGAAAGGGGUGAUGAUCCGUUGCAUGCUAAAUAUCUGGGGCGUGAUUCUGUACUUGCGGUUACCUUGGAUCACUGCACAAGCAGGAAUAGCACUGACAUGGCUGAUCAUCCUGAUGUCCGUGACGGUGACCACCAUCACAGGCUUGUCCAUCUCGGCCAUCUCUACCAACGGCAAAGUCAAAUCAGGUGGGACGUAUUUCCUUAUUUCAAGAAGUCUCGGGCCUGAGCUGGGCGGCUCCAUUGGCCUCAUCUUUGCCUUUGCCAAUGCCGUGGCUGUGGCCAUGCACACCGUUGGCUUUGCGGAAACGGUGCGGGACCUGCUUCUGGAAUAUAAUUCUUCUAUUGUAGACCCCACAAAUGACAUCCGCAUCAUUGGGGUCAUCACAGUGACGGUGCUUCUUGGGAUUUCCUUGGCUGGCAUGGAAUGGGAAGCAAAGGCACAAGUCCUCUUCUUCUUCAUCAUCAUGAUCUCCUUCAUCAACUACAUUGUGGGCACCAUCAUUCCAGCCAGCCAGGAGAAGCAAGCCAAAGGAUUCUUCAGUUACAGGGCUGAUAUUUUUGCUCAGAACUUUGUGCCAAACUGGCGUGGGGCGGAUGGCACCUUCUUUGGCUUGUUCUCCAUCUUUUUCCCAUCAGCUACUGGCAUCUUGGCAGGAGCCAACAUUUCAGGUGAUUUGAAGGAUCCUGCUGUGGCCAUUCCUAAAGGUACCCUCGUGGCUAUUUUCUGGACGACUAUAUCGUAUCUGGUUAUUUCUGCUACAAUUGGGGCGUGUGUGGUCCGGGAUGCAUCUGGAAAUGUGAAUGACACCAUUUCUGCUGGCUCUCUGGGCUGCGAAGGAAUUGCUUGUGGCUAUGGCUGGAACUUCACGGAGUGUGCUCAGAGCCACAGCUGUCAUUAUGGGCUCAUCAAUUAUUACCAGACCCUGAGCAUGGUGUCUGGCUUUGCUCCGCUCAUCACUGCAGGAAUCUUUGGGGCCACUCUCUCCUCCGCUCUGGCCUGCCUCGUCUCAGCACCCAAAGUAUUCCAGUGCCUCUGUAAGGACCAACUCUACCCUGUCAUUGGCUUUUUUGGGAAGGGAUAUGGAAAAAAUGAUGAGCCCAUCCGGGGUUACAUGCUGACCUACGUGAUUGCCAUUGGCUUCAUUCUGAUCGCGGAACUGAACACCAUUGCUCCCAUCAUCUCCAACUUCUUCUUGUGUUCCUACGCUCUCAUCAACUUCAGCUGUUUCCACGCUUCCAUUACAAACUCCCCAGGUUGGCGGCCGUCCUUCAGGUACUACAGCAAGUGGGCAGCUCUGUUUGGGGCCGUGAUCUCCGUGGUCAUUAUGUUCCUGCUGACCUGGUGGGCAGCCCUCAUAGCCAUUGGGAUUGUGGUCUUCUUGCUGGGAUAUGUCCUGUAUAAGAAACCUGGGGUGAACUGGGGCUCAUCCGUGCAAGCUGGUUCCUACAACAUGGCCCUGAACUAUUCCAUGGGACUCAAUGAAGUGGAUGAUCACAUCAAGAACUACAGACCUCAGUGCCUGGUCCUGACUGGCCCUCCCAACUGCCGCCCAGCACUGGUGGAUUUCGUGGGCACCUUUACCAAAAACCUGAGCCUGAUGAUCUGUGGGAAUGUGAUGACUGGGCCACACAAACAGAAGCUGUCUGAGCUCCGGCUCACAUCCAGAUGCCAUCUCAAGUGGCUGAGCAAGAGGAAGAUCAAGGCCUUCUAUACGGAUGUCUUGGCGGAAGACUUGAGAACCGGAGCGCAGAUCCUGAUGCAGGCUUCAGGCCUUGGGAGGCUGAAGCCCAACGUUCUAGUGAUCGGAUACAAGAAGAACUGGCAAACGGCCCACCCCCAAACCGUGGACGACUACAUUGGGCUCCUGCAUGACGCUUUUGACUUCAAGUAUGGGGUGUGCCUGAUGCGGAUGAAGCAGGGGCUCAACAUUUCCAGGCAGAUGCAAGCUCACAUUAACCCAUUGUUUGACCCGGCUGAAGAUCCUCAGAAGAAUGGCUCUUCCUCUGCUGUGAUAGGCACAUUGGAUCCUGAUGCCAUGGUAACAGAACAGCAGGCAAGCACCAUCUUUCAGAUAGAUCAGGGCAAGAAGACGAUUGACAUCUACUGGCUCUUUGAUGAUGGAGGUCUGACGCUCCUGAUCCCAUACCUCCUUGGGCGCAAGAAGCGGUGGGGGAAAUGCACGGUCCGGGUGUUUGUUGGCGGACAGAUCAAUCGGAUGGACGAAGAGCGGAAGGCGCUCAUCUCCCUAUUAAGCAAGUUCCGACUUGGGUUCCACGAGGUGCACAUCCUUCCGGACAUCAACCAGAAACCCCGCCCUGAACAUGUGAAGAGAUUCGAUGACUUAAUCGCCCCUUUCCGGCUCAAUGACGGCUUCAAGGACGAGAUGGUGGUGAACGAGAUGAGGGUCGGCUGUCCCUGGAAGAUCUCCGAUGAGGAGGUGGCCAAGAACAAAGCCAAGUCACUUCGACAAGUCAGGAUGAAUGAAAUCUUGCUGGAUUACUCACGGGAUGCAGCCCUCAUCUUUAUAACCCUGCCGAUAGGCAGAAAGGGGAGAUGUCCCAGUAGCCUCUAUAUGGCCUGGUUGGAAACCCUCUCGCAAGACCUGAGACCGCCAGUCGUCCUGGCCAGAGGCAACCAGGAAAACGUCCUGACAUUUUACUGCCAAUAGGGUUGAACUCUGGACCAAGAUGAAGACGUUUCACUCCAAGACCCAGUUCUGGACUCAGCCUUGCCGGGGGUUCCUUCAGCUGGUCAAGCUGACAAUAAAAGACUAGUGAUGGAAAAUGAAUAUUCUUGGGUCAGGGAUGUAGAAGUCACACAGGAGGGACCUGGGGAACAACCAGAGACUUGGCCUGUCACUAGUGUAUGGGAGGAGCAAAUCCCCAGAAAUUCUGUUCAUCUUUGCACUGUGUCUCCCUUCCCCACUGGCUGCCAGAGGAUAGGAGAACUGGGGAGGCAGGCAGCAAGAAUGGUCUUCUUUGCUAAGCAGGGUCUGCCUUGGUUUGUAUUUGGAUGGGAGAAUAUAUGUGAGCACUGCAAGAUCUUGCCCUUAGGCAGAGGUGCACCUAGGUAAUUUUAAAGCCUGGACCUAAAGGCCUUUGGAGGCCACCCCGCCCGCUGGAGGCCACCCCCUCUGCAAAUUAAGCAUCACCCCUCUGCACACACAUGGUGACACACACAUUAUUUUUAACACGUGGAUUACUGAGGGCACAAACAGCAACUGAACUCACAAGAAUGUAAGAAUAUAAAAUGGGUAUAUUUAUGCAAGUAUGCACUAGCAGAAACAUUUCCGGGUGCAGCAGGUCAGUGGCAUGACCAUACCACCUAGGACAGACUAAAGAGGAUUUGGGGUCCCCCCGGGAGUGUGGAGGCCCUGGACUUCGGCCCGGAAGUCCAGGGGUAAGAGUGCCUCUGACCUUAGGGGGUCAUAGCUCAGCAGCAGAGCAGGCAUGCAGGGGGU